AUGGUAUCCUCCAUCCCCUCGGGACUCUCGCAGGACGAACGGCACCAUCUCGUCCAGGUCGCCAAGGACUGGGCCGCCGCAAACGGUCUCGCCAUCCGGCCCCCUCCAACGGUCGUUUCGCAAGAGGUCGACCCCGAGGGCGUGCUGGCCAUUCAUGCACCUGUCACUUUAUUCCCCAGCAGGUUCCCGCGAUCCUGCUUCGAGCAGGCGAGGUCGGUUCAGAAGGCCUACAAUGAGUUGUAUGCGAGGGUGAGCAGGGAUGAGGAGUUCUUAGGCCAAUUGGUGAAAGAGUUGGUUGAUGUGGACGACUUUGUCGCAAACCUCUGGAGAGUCCACCAGAGAGUCAAGGAGGAAGGUUAUGUACAUGAAUUAUCUCUCGGCCUCUUCAGGUCCGAUUACAUGGUCCACGAGGACGAGAGUGGUCUCCAAGUGAAACAAGUAGAGUUCAACACCAUCGCCUCAUCCUUCGGCGGCCUCGCGACGCAGACCUCCCUGCUCCACAGGUUUCUAGCCGCCACCGAGUACCCACGUCUCCAAGCCCGCGUGAAGGACUUGGACGUUCCCAAGAGCGAUAGCGCGACCCUUCUUGCCCGUGGCAUCGCGACUGCCUUCGAGAAAUACAAUACCACGCUCUCCCGUGGAGCUGAACGCCCCAGAUGUGUUCUCUUUAUUGUUCAAGACGGCGAGCGCAACAUCUUUGACCAACGCCACCUUGAGUACAACUUAUCCGGCGAGGACCCUCCCAUCCCCGUCUACCGCCUGCCCUUCUCGGAAAUCCUCCAGCACACGCGUAUUGCUGAGGGGCCGAGGAGAGAACUCAUUUAUACCCUACCCUGGAGUCUGGAGUGGGCCAAGCCCACCGAGUAUGAGGUCGCCGUCGUUUACUAUCGAUCUGGUUACGGUCCGGGAGACUACCCAUCGCCAGAGUCUUGGGAAGCGAGAUACCACGUCGAGCGCUCCGCCGCCAUCAAGUGCCCCACCAUCCUCACGCAACUGGCCGGUAUGAAAAAGGUCCAGCAGGUACUAGCAACCCCCGACACUGGCGAUGCACCCCCCGUCCACGCCCGCUUUACCCAAGGCCAGCCCGAGUUCAAACCCCUUCUAGACACCUUCACCAACAUCUAUCCUAUGGAUACCUCACCCGCCGGAUUAGAAGCGCGCCGAAAGGCCACCGACCCCGAGUUAUGCAAGUCCUUCGUUCUGAAGCCCCAGCGCGAAGGCGGAGGCAACAACUUCUACCGUACUUCCAUCCCCGAGUACCUCAAGACGAUACCCGAGGAUCACUGGAACUCGUACAUCCUCAUGGAACUGAUCACGCCGCCGCCGGCGACAAACAUUAUUCUCCGCAACGGCAAGCUCGAGGAGGGCGGUAUCAUCUCCGAACUUGGCAUCUACGGAACCUGUCUCUGGAAUAACGAGAAGGUCCUGCACAACGAGGAGGCAGGGUACCUGCUGAGGACAAAGGGCGAUAAGAGCGAGGAGGGCGGCGUCGCAGCUGGAUACGGCUGUAUGGAUAGCUGCAAUCUGGUGGACUAA